AGCCACAGCUUCCUUCAGUUGACGUUCGCCAACGAAGCGUUACACGUUGCGUUCAUGAUACUUAAAUUAUUAAUUUUUGAAUCUCAUGCGGUCACUAUUAUUCUUCACGAGGUGACAAUCGCAAAAAGAUUUCAAACAGUUUUUUUCUUCUUCUUCCUUUGUCUUUUUAAAAAAUCAUUUUUUAUAAGAUAAAAUUAAUUUAUCACGCUCACGUCAAUUUGAAAAAAAAAAAUCAUCAAAAGCCCGCGUGAAUCUUUUAAAUGUUUCGCCGGUUCCGAAAAUAGUAGUUCGUGGCGAAAAGUGAAAGUUUAUUUUUUUUUUUAACGUAGAUUUGUCGCAACGAUUCUUCUGAUGUUUUGAAGACAACUAUAAUUUUUUUUUUUUGGUCUUAGUUAAAUUUUGAAGAACGAUUUUUUUUUCGUUGAGGACUUGAAGAUACUCAAAUCGAAAAGGAAAUAACAUUGCCUAAUUGUAAUUAUUUAUAAUAUAUAAUAUAUAUAUAAUUGAAAUUCAUUAAAGGGGAAUUGUAAAUUCUUUUUAUUGUUUUUUCAAUAUGGGAAAUUCCCACAAGAUGGACAGACAGGAAAUAAUUAUCUAAACGUCGGGACACUUUUGGAAAAAUUAGAAAAAAAAAAAAAAAAAAUUUACCAAAAAGGGUGAUUCAGUCUGAAUUUAUGACUGAGGAAAGUAUAUUAUAGUCAAUAAUUCAAAUACCUUAUAAGAAUGUGUUAUGAAUAUAACCACCUUGCCAUUUGAAAUAUCAAGAAUUUCUAUUUGGAAGAAAAUGGCACUGGCCAAUUUCUCAUUACCUUAUGCAACGCCAACUCCAUUCUUAUAUUCAGGUAGUAAUGAGGGACAAUCGGUUAUAAAUAAUAUACGACUAAAUGCUGCAUUGCCACCCCAAACGGCUCCUAUAGACAAUGUCAAACAAUAUCGCAAUGAUCCUUACAAUCGAUACCAGCAACAACAGCAACAACCAUUUCGCUAUCAUUCACAAUCACGUGGACAAGAAAUUUUUACAGGCACUUCGUCAAGAUCUUAUUUACCUCAAAAUACAAGAUAUUCAGAGUAUGAUGAGAAUUUUAAAAAAUCACAAUUACAACAGGAUCAACGAAGGACACAUCAACAAGCGAGUUUUCAACAUCAUUAUCAGCCAUUACAGCAGAAGGAUCAACAAAAUCGUCAAUAUCAACAGCAUCAACAAAUUUAUCAGCAACAAAGUCAACAACAAAAUCAUCAACAAAAUAAUCAACAAAAUAAUCAACAACAGCAGGAUUUACAUCAUCAUGAAAGGCAGCAAAUUAAUCUUCAACAACGAAUUUCUUUUCAAUCUGAAAAGGAUCAAGUGACAAAUUCCAGUGAUACGUCGCAGGAUAAUUAUCCUGAAAGACCAAAUGGGUACACUAGAGUGAAUAGUGGAUCUUUUACGGGUUCAGGUGCAAAAACGACAGUUCAUGCAGUUCUUGAUUACGACGAUGAUGAUGAUGAUGAUUUUGAUUAUUAUGACGAUGAAAAUCCAGAAAUUCCAAGUGACGCACACGUGACGCCAAUUCAGGGACCAAUUUUUUUGAAAAAUGGAUCGGUACCCGUCGUUCCACUUUAUUCUUAUCCACAAUUAAAUAAUGGAACUUUAGUACAAAUACCAAUACUGUGGACAGCACUUUCGGUAGCAUUGGGCGUGGAACUUCGAGGUGAUUUGAUAAAAGGCGCACCGUGUAUUAAAAAAAAUCAUCAACUUUUUUGUCCCACUGCCGGAAAUACUUAUCCCAUAGAGAGAAUAGAACAAUUUAUAGAUGAAAAUAAAGCUCUAAUGAAAAGAAUGUAUGGUGAUUUUGAGAUGAACGAAUUUUCACCACCAAAAAAAGAUCCGAAGAGUCGAAGAAAAAGAAGUUCAUUGAAUCAUGAUAUUCCUGAUGGUGGUCCACGAGAUGAUAAAUCAAAUCCUCAUUCUGGAUCGGGAGAUUCAUAUUUUAGUAAAAUUAGAAGUCCCAGACAAUCUUUUGGAAAGACUCAUGCAGUCAACGAAAGUGGACGAGUUGAUGCGUGUGAGUCAAGAGUCGAGAUUGUCACUCCCUAUUGGUCGACAAAUAGUGCAGGAAAAGUUCGUGCAAUUGUAAACACACAACAUUUCGAGCAAGCUAUUCAUCAGGAAGUGUGCUCAAAAUCUCAAACAGGAAGAUGCACAGGUGAUUGUGGAUGCGAACAAAAAUACAAAUGGCACAGAUUAUUGGCCUAUGAUCCUGAUAAUGAUUGUAAAGGAAUAUUUAUGGAUUGGUUUCUUUAUCCAAGCUGUUGUGUUUGUAGAUGUGAUCCUGAUGCCAAAUUGUCAUCGACAACAAGUCGAAAUUAAUAAGAAGCGACAAAAAAAAAAGAAUCUUAAACAUUUUUUUUUGAAGAAUUUUUUAAAUUAUAAAGCCACUAUAUAGAGGGUGUCAAACAUUUUAUUUCAGCUGAAAAAUAAAACAAAAAAAUUGUUAUAUCGAGAAAAUAAAAUUAUUAUCUGAUAAUAAUUA